UUAUAUGAUGAGAUUUUUUGGAUAUUUUUAAAAAUAUGAAAUAUUAAAAUAAAAAUUAAGCGGUAUAUUAAGGCAGCCCUCCUCCAGCUGUUAAAGCUUUUCAUGCAAGUUGGCAGUUCUGCUUUUAAUUGUAAACAAACAAGUCGUUUGGAAAUCGGCUUCGGAAAGAUAAUGCCGCCAUAUGAGCGCUGCGGCGAGAUCGUGUGGUUUUGCAAGAGGCAGGCGCGUGCUUUUGCCUUCCAGUGUAUCUAUUGCGAGGAUAGCAGGACGACGACAUUCAAGGAUUUCAAGUUGCAUCUUGAUUUGAAGCAUUCAGAUUUGUUUCAGGACGAAAGGGUGGAGUUAAUGCCGCUUAUAGCACACAGAACAUGGACACCACGUGUUGCAAGAGAUCAAGAGGCAGAAAAUGACCCCUUGAAAACACAGAACAUAGAUCACAUUAAACUUGAGGAAUCCUCAUCAGAACAAGAUGCACAGGCCACAGACACUGAAUGUGAAGUGUGCGAAGAAGAAGAUAGCCUACUUGACUAUCUAGAAAGCGAUAGCCAGAGUAUUACAUAUACACAGUCCACCAAUAAGGCGGAAACCCCCUCUACUGUUACACCUUCCUCGCAUUUUUGGUUGCUGGAGCACCCCAUCAUGCUCGCUUUCAUCGACCAGCUAGAGCAGCAGCGUUUGCUCUGGGACUUGGGCAUAGUUAGUUACCGAAGCUAUAAGCGGCGCAACGAAGCCUGCGAGGAAAUAGCUAAAGGCCUUAAUGACCAAUUUGGACUGCAUCUAACGAAGCAGGAAAUAGCGUCCUACGUCAAGCAGCUGAAAGUUGUUUAUUUUAAGGAAAAGAUCCGCUUGGAGCGGAUCACAGAACAAUCAGCCCACCCAGAGUGGUAUUACGAGCGGCUUCAUUUCCUGGCGAAGAGCCUGCGACGAAAACGGCAUCCCAAGAUGUUGGGCACUAUCGAUGAACCACUAGCAGUGCCCCACCUGAAUCAUGAUCAGCAUCUGAAGCUCAUCGAGCUAUACCGUCAGUGUAGUGCUAAUUGGGAUAUGCAGGACUUGUCCUGUCGAUUGAAUCAAGUCCGCCAGGCGGCCAGGAAUCGCCUUCUGGAGUUGUGCCGCACUGAACUAGCAAUUCCGAUCGAUCCCACACAGCUGCAAAGUUAUAUUGGCCACCUGAGGAAAACUUAUCAGGAGGAAAAGGUGCGCCGACUGAAUACUGAACGUGAGGGCAGGUUGUUUAGCUCCCGAUCCCCCUACUACGAGACUUUAGGCUUUUUAGAAAACCAUAUGGCCCCCUUCAAGUGCGAUAUGUGCCAGGAGUUGGUAAACAGCGUGGACGGCUACAAAAUUCAUCGGGCUGAGCACGAUGGUAGCCUGCCCUUUGUAUGUCCCACAUGUGGCAAGGGCUUCACAAAGUGUGGCAAUUGCACCAUUCAUAUGCGGAGGCAUACACAGGAUUAUUAUUUAAGUUGCGAAGAGUGCGGCAAGCGGUUUGCCACCUCCACCGACCUUACAGUUCAUCGACGCUCGCAUACCGGGGAACGACCCUAUUGCUGUCAUAUCUGCGGCGGACGCUAUAGCACUGUCUCUUUUUUGAAGAGACACAAGCGGCGGCAUGAACAGCGUCCCGUGGCCAAGUGCCACAUCUGUGGCAAGGGCUUCUUCGAGCGAACCGUGCUGCGAGAUCACAUCAAGGGUCACCUGAAUGUGCGUGAUAAGGAGUGUGAUGUGUGCCAUAAGCUGUUCACCAGUGCCAAGUACCUGAAACGACAUAAGGAGAUUCACGACGAACACAAACGAUACUUGUGCAAGACCUGUGGCAAGGGAUUCGCCCAGAAUGCUGGACUCAAGGGGCAUAUGAAGUCGCACGACAAAAAGCGAAUUAAAGCCGAAGAGGUACAAUCCCUAAGUAAUUUCAGCGAAAUCAAGCAAGUAAAUCCAUUGAUUGGUAGCUGAUAAGUAUAAAGGCUGAUAAGUAAAGAUGGAUUGUACAUAGACUUGUAUCUAUAUCCAUGAAUUGUAUCUAACAAGGUAUUUUUCUUAUCAGAGUAACAGAAAUGGAUAUAUUUCAAGGAAUAUAACUUUGGCUAUGGAUUUUGAACCGUUUUAAAGGCAACUUCCAACUUUUCCUAAUCCACGGUACAAUAUAUACCAAUUCGAAUAUAACGAAUGUGCUUUAAAACUACUUAUCACAUUUUUGUAUGUAUCAUCACUGGAAUUGUACUUUUUCCUUUACCGGAUAUUGGUAAUACGGUACUUCCUACCCAUUAACAAAAAGGCAGUUCUCUUCACAUCACUAUCGAUAAGCUAUA